AUGUCUGCUGUCAAGUUCCAGUCCCCAUCUUACAAACUCUUCGAGCCAGUAUAUCAAACACAAAAGCCGAUAAUCGUUGGCGUCGACAACAGGCUCGAAUCCCCCGAUACUCUCACGCUAAAGUACGAAGAAGCCGCUCGGGCAGCCAACGGAGGAGAUCCACGCGGGGACUCUCCUCCCACGGUCCUCGACAUGGCCACCUACGGCAAGGCGCAGCUGCCUUCAAUGCAUGGCUACGAUUCAACACGAUACCAGGAUGCAGGCUACGGCGAGUAUCCGGCGCCAUCGUUCUCCGCGCAACAAUCAGACAAGUUCGCUCAGCUCAACCAGCAAUCUUUCGCCUCGAAUAAUGCCGUUGCUCAGUACAUGCCCACGGGGCCGACGGUGCUCUCCUGCCACCCAACGUCAGGCACGUUUGGCACCAAGGUCUACCUCAAGUUCUCGUCCCAGUACGAUCUGUUUUCCAUGUCAUCACCAAUGCCCUACGUCUUCCUGUCUUUCGGCUCCGAAAAGUGCGCGAUCCAGGACGUGACCCGGGAGGCUCAGGAUAGCUCUGGCUUUGUGUACUCGUGCAGCGCCGACGCGCCGCAACUCAUGGUCACGGGCUGCAGCAGCAACACGGCGCCUCUGUCACUGGUGAUUGAAGGCCCGUCCGUGGAAGAGAUCUCGCGGACGGUGGCCGGGUCUUUUCAGUAUCUCGAAGGGUCGGGGGACGAAAUCACGCGGACAACCAAGAUGCCCAAGCAUGACACCUCGGCACCUGGACCGCAGGUUGAUCAGCCGAGCGUCUCGCCCAAAGCAGUCGACGGCCACCUCUCGUCGGACGCGGCUACAAAUAGCUACGACUACCCGUCUCAACAAUCUCAAUAUGCACCCGAUUUUCAGCAGGGCAACGGAGACAUGAUUUCGACCUACCGCAGCACGAGUUUUACCGAUCCGCACUACCAUCACCGCCGGCCGGCACCAGGAUGGAGCGGGUUCGGGGCCACGCUGGGAUCAGGUCGGCCUAGCUUGACGCCACUACCGAUGCCCUCCUCGACAAGCAGCGGGACUCCCCAGCUCAUCCGCACCAGCACGAUCGCCAACGGCGCCGGGAGCAACGGGCCGUACCAUCCCAUCUCACUCUACUCGAGCAAGGCCGUCCUCAAAAUCAACGGCAAGCUAGACACAAUGGCCGAGAACUGGACACAGGAGGAGUGGGACAACCGCCGUCGCAUCGUCAUGUUCCGCAAGUCUCAGACGGGCUCAAGCCUGACCGCCUCUUUCCGCGCCGUUCCCGUGAAUGACCGCCCUCCCAAUAGCAUCUGCAUCUCAUGCAUCUGGUGGGCCGAGAAGCAAGAGUGCUUCGUCACGUCGGUCGACACAAUCCAUCUUCUUGAGCAGCUUGUGGCGGCGCCGAACCGUUUCAGCGUUGAGGAGAAGAACCGCAUCCGCCGUAACCUCGAAGGCUUCCAUCCGAUGACGGUGUCCAAGGCUAAGGCUGACAGCGAAGAAUUUUUCAAAAUCAUCAUGGGGUUUCCCAAUCCCAAGCCCCGCAACAUCGAGAAAGACGUCAAGGUAUUCCCCUGGAAAAUUCUCGAACCCGCGCUCAAAAAGAUCAUCGGCAAGUACAGCGCCAGCCCGAGCAGCACCUUGCCUCCGGCCAACAUGAUGACGACGAGCCAGUACUCGGUGCAUUCGAGCCAGCACGAAUCCAUCCCGUCUCCUCGGUCGUUGUCGGGCUCGCAAGCGUCCUGGACUCCCUACACGACUGGCCCGACGUACUCGGCGGCUGCCACCCGCACCCUCAGCCCCAACAUUCGUCACACGAGUCCGCAACAGCAACCACAGGCGCCCCCCAUGCGAAUCAACACGACGCCGCUCCCGGCCGUGACUACGUACGACACGCGUACAGUCUCCACGGGCGGCUACGGCAGCUCGGGGCUGCACACACCCAUCAGCCAUCAUCCGUCCACGGCGACACCGCCUCGCUGGGAUACGGCUUCUGCGAGCUAUCCCGACAGCUACCCGAGCCUGGCGUCUCAUCACCCCUCGACGAGUCAAUCUGUUUAUGGUGCGACGACGUAUGGAGACGGCGCACCGCGCGCAUGA